UCGAUCGUGAGCGUACGGUACGAGUGGGCGUGUUUACUUUUUGUGGUGUCACGUGAAAUUUCCUGAGAACUGAAACUACACGAGUACAAGUUAGAUCAACAAUCAUCGAAAAUGCCUGGAAAUUAUUUUAGCUUCGUUUGCCAGCUUCUUCUCAUUUGUUGUCACUUCACGCCGUUCUACUGUUCAAUCAACAGAGAAAUAUUCACAUCCAACUCGCGCUUGUUGCUAAAUGAAUAUCAGGGCAAAAACGAUCACCUGGAAAGUUACGACCGAGUACGGAGCUAUCUCCCCGGGACUGCUGGCGGCGGAGCCACGCGUGGUUCCGGUAGUGAAGAAAACAUUUUCCGUGCGGUAUGGAACGUGCCGAAUUAUUGCGAGGAACGAGCUGGCGUGAAGCUGCCACUGAGUGACUAUGGUAUAGAAUUCAAUGACGAUGGAGGAUGGGACUCCGGGAAGGUUAUCUCUCUUCUUGGUGACAAACUGGGAUAUUACCCCUAUGUGAACAGCGUGGAUGGACGAUUCAUUAAUGGAGGUCUUCCACAGCUUGGUAACAUAACAGCUCAUCUGGAGAAGGUAGCCGACGACAUUCAAUCUAUGAUACCAGACCCUGACUACAAUGGCUUCUGCGUGAUCGACUGGGAGAGUUGGUACCCGCAAUGGGACUCUAUCGAACGUCGGUACAGAACCUACUCCAUAGAACAUGUUCGCCGACUCCAUCCAACAUGGGACAAUCUCACCGUGGACACCGUCGCAGAGCUAGAAUGGACACAGGGUGCCAAGCUUUUCUUCGAGAGCACGCUGAAACUCGGCAAGGCCAUGCGUCCCAAGGCUCUGUGGGGUUUCUACCAUUAUCCGUACUGUAACGUGAUUCCAAACACCACAACGUGUAAUCCCCCUGGGCCCGAACGCAACAAUGAGAUCAUGUGGUUCUUCAAUGAAACAACGUGUCUCUAUCCAAGCAUCUACUUGAUAUCUAAAUAUUCCGGCAGUUAUGCGUCGUCUGUUAGGGGAAGACUGGCAGAGGCGUUAAGAGUGAGAGAUUUAUCAAGUGAUCCAAAAGGCCCCAUCAUGAGCUACACAAGGUUCAACUACACUGAUACUCAUUACUUCUUCACGCUGGAAGAUUUAAACAACACCAUUCUCACAUCGGCCGAGUUCGGGACCAACGGUGUCAUCUUCUGGGGUGACAACUACGAUUCCAAGGUUGGCUCCUGCCAGGAGCUUCGACAGUACAUCAUCGAUGCUCUUGGACCUACCGUGGUCUUGGCAAGAGAGGGUGCUACAGCCUGUAGUAAGAGGGUGUGCUCUGGCCAGGGUAGGUGCGUCGGUGACAUACUGACCUGCAGCAAAGGCGAUGAUCGGCAGAACGGGAAGAGAAGCCAAAAGAAGGUCAGUGUCUGUACCUGCAGAUGUUUCGUAGGAUGGCAAGGGUAUGAUUGUAGCACUAAAGCAAAAUAUUAACCCAUUGUCUGCAGGAACCAGGUGAUCCCUAUACAAUGCCUAUGGGAAUUACCGAAGUCAGUAAUCAACAGGUUAAAGGUCAAGUCCACCCCAACAAAAUGUUGAUUUAAAUCAAUAAAGAAAAAUCAGACAAGCACAAUGCUGAAAAUUUCAUCAAAAUCGGAUGCAAAAUAAGAAAGUUAUGACAUUUCAAAGUUUCGCUUAUUUUUAACAAAAUAGUUAUAUGAACGAGCCAGUUACAUCCAAAUUAGAGAGUCGAUGAUGUCACUCACUCACUAUUUCUUUUGUUUUUUAUUGUUUGAAUUAUACAAUAUUUCAAUUUCUACGAAUUUGACGAUUAGGACCUCCUUGCCUGAACCACAAAUUGUUAAAAUAAUGAAAUUCCACGUAUUCAGGGAGGAAUGAAACUUCAUUUCACAUGACAAUGACGAGAAAAAUCAAAAUAUUUCAUAAUUCAUAUAAUAAAAUACAAAAGAAAUAGUGAGUGAGUGAUGUCAUCAGUUCCCUCAUUUGCAUACAGACCGGAUGUGCAUAUGACUCUUUUGUGAAAUGAAGCGAAUCUUUAAAAUGCCAUAACUUUCUUAUUUUACAUCCGAUUUUGAUGAAAUUUUCAGUGUUAUGCUUGUUGAAUUUUUCUCUUUUUAUUCGAAUCAAGUUUUGUUGGGGUGGACUUGUCCUUUAACCUGGCCAUUGUCUACUGGAACCAAGUGUGAAAUUUUGGGUUUUUUUUCCCCUUAUGAUAUUUUGGAGGAUUAAUCUAACAAAUCUUGCCCUAUUGACUAUUGGUUUUAAUUAUGUCUUUAUAUAACUUGAAAAUUGAAAUAUUUGGAGAAAAGGUCAGAAAAAUUCAAACUCGGCAAUGGUGGCAUUGCCAACCACAUAAUGUCUGAAAACAUUCUUCUGAUAUUUGUAGAGAAAUGUUUGGAGACAUUGCCACUUAUGUCAUAACUCUAAAAUAAGGGGUUUUUCUGAGCUCUCCUAAAAAUGUCUCAAUUUUUUGACAGAGCUUUUUUGACAGCCCUCCAGGGAAAAAGACAGUCAUAAUUUGUAAGCUGCAACUUGGGGGGUAAAUGGAUUAAUUUUGAUAAUCCUGUAUUUUUUAUAUUAUGUGGGAUUAGAUUUUUGGUUUCGUUUUCCUUUGUGGCCAGAGGUCUAAAAUUGUUUUAAAUAUGUAGUUUACCUGUGGUAGAUGGGACUAAUGUUUAUAUCUACGAAAUUCAUAUGUUUAGAGCUUUUAAAUGCUCAUUUUAUGUCUUGUCAGUUUUUAAAUACAGGGUAGAGUCUCGUGUGUCUUUUCCAACCAAAGUUUUAUGUAUUAAAGCCUAUAUGCCAACAUUACAAAAGUCUUCUUUAAAAAAGAGCUGAACUUUGAUUCAUGUUGUAUUUAUUUAAUAUUGUUCACAUUGAUGGAAAAAAAUACACAGGAAGAAAGAAAAAUCAAAUUCUUGCAGUUUCAAGAUAUCUUUGACUGAAGAAGAAUAAAUUAUUAAAUCUCCUGGGAGGUUGAUAUGACACAGGCUCAUAUUCUGAAGUCAGGGUUUAAAUUAAACUCGGGUCUAAAGAUGUGUUCUAACUGUUCGGGAACUAUAACAAAGUAAAACAAUAUUUCCUUCACCAUAAAAGUUUUGAAAUAGAACACAAUAAAUAUAAAAAAUGUGCAAUGUUUAUACAAUUUAUAUAUUUGGCUUGUCAUAAUUUUAGCACCUGGACCAUGGUCUAAAGUAAACCGAAUUUCAGUAUACAGACUAUAGUGUACAUGCAUGGGCUGAAAUUAAGAGGGUGGUCUGGUCAAUUAGUAUUUCACUUUUUUUAGCUGACUAAUCAAUGAUUUUUCGGGCACUAAUUUCCUGGGCCUCCUUUUAAAGGGGAAGUUCACCCUGACAAAAAAUUAUUUGUGAAAAUAGCAAAAAAAUAAUAAUAAAUGUUGCUGAAGGUUUUGAGGAAAAUCCAUCAAAGAUUUAAAAAUUAUAAGAAUUUUAAUUUUCUUAUUUGUGACGUCAUAUGCGAGCAGCUUCCCUUAAAUAGAUAAAAUAAAUGAAACGUUAAUUUUCUCAGAAAAAUAUGAAUGGAUUUUAUUGUACUUUCAGUAUAUCAACAGACAAAUUAUUUGACACUUGCUCCUGUAAGAAGAAAUUGUUUAGUCAUGAACCAUUAAAGAAUUGAAAUUUAUGCAUUUUAUAUUUCAGAACAAAUGGGGAUUUUCCUCAAAUCCUCACCAAUAUUUUUCUUUUCAUUAUGUUUUCUUGAAUAUUUAAAGCAAACUUUUUGUCAUGGUGAAGAUCCCCUUUAAUAACAUAUCAGAGACAAAGGUGAAAAAAGAAACCUUGCAGCUCAGAUUUGUUUUAAAUUAAACAUUGUUACCUUAUGCCUUUAAAUUCAUGUCAUGUUUACAGAACUUUUAAGUUUAUUUCUGUUUUGUGAUAUGCUUCAGGGAAUUCAAUCACACAGACGAAACUGACUACAAACUGAUGGAUGCUGUGUCAUUGGCUAUCAGGAGUCGGUUUCACGUGUCUGAUUGGGAAAAUAACAUCAGUCCUUUAAAAUGCUUGUUAAUUGUCAUCAGUGUGUAGUCUUAUAUGUUCCGUUCAUAUUUAAACAACUUUUUACCUGUAUUCCGUUUCGUUUUACUCGUGGUGAAAAAUACUAAAUGUUAGGUCGGUGAAUGCUGUGUGCUGGUAUACUGUACACUGCAUUGUAGGAGAAUAUGGCCCGUAUUCUGAAGUCGGGUUUAACUUAGACCGUGGUCUAACUCUGUGCUAAAAUUAUGGCAAGCCAUAAGUGUCAAAAUUUUUAUUAAGUGGUAUGUUUCUUAUGUUUGCUGUGCUCUUUCCUGAUUCAUCGAUGGUGAAGACAAUCCUCUAUUUAUACUUCCUAGACAAUUAUGAAUGAUUUGAGAGCCAAAUGAGCUGAAAUAUAUCUCUACUGUUAGUGAUUUAUGUAACAAUUGGCUAUCCACACUUAAACCACAACUUUAAACCUGAGUUUAAGGUAAACCCGACUUCAGAAUACAGGCCUAUGGGUCUAUCUAUUACUUUCAUUUUCAAAGUGUGUGCCUAAAACUACAUACAUGUAGUACCUUUGUUCUAUUCUUAUAUCAGUCUUUCACUUACUUUGAAAAAUCCUGACAAUAUUUAUCGGGAUUUUUCUUACGUUUAAUU